UGUUUCCACGUGACAGGGAGACUGGCUGAGGUAGCGUGAUGCGCUGUUUGUGUAGUAUAACCGUGGUAAUCGGAGGUUUUUAAGAUUGCCGCUUUUCUCCUGUGCUAGGGGAAAGGAGGAGACAUAAAGCGGAAAAGACUUCCUACUUUCUCUGUGUUUUAAAUGUUCUCUACUCCGUCAGUGAAUCGCUUUUUAAGUUCCGAAAUACUGAUUUUUCUGUACCGCCAUGUUGGUAUUAGAGGAAGCUCGCGAGAUGCGAGUGGGUUUGUAUCGCGAGAUCUCUCGAUUCUCGCGGGACCUCGUUGGCAGAGCAGUUGUCCUGGAUGGCGGAGCCUUGGGUUCCGGGGGCCUGGGACCCGCAACUCUUUCUACAAGAUACCAAGUUGUUCUAGUACAACCAUAUAAAUAAAUAAUACCUGAAGUCUCAAAGUAACAUGGACAAUUAACAGUGAUGACAGAUAAAUACAGACGCAUGGGGAUCAAAUACUAGGUGAAACACUUUUUAAAAGUGUAUCAGGCUUUAAGAAACACUCUGCAGGAUCCUGUCUAUCUUAAUGCUGAUAGAGCUCAGCUAAACAAAUUUAGGAGGUUCUAGUAUUCUCCAUGGCUGAAGCUGAGUGAGUCUGAAACCCUGAUGCUUAAGCUCCAUUCUAGAUCAUAGCUCCAACUCCUUCAGGAAAUAAGGAAAAGAGAUUAUAUUUCCACAAUGAUAGAUCUUUGGUUGUACAGGUUUCCCAAUGAGUGGAUCAUGAUGACCGUAUUGUAGGGACUUGCCAUAGUAUGGCUGCUUCCCGAUCUACUCGUGUUACAAGAUCAACAGUGGGGUUAAACGGCUUGGAUGAAUCUUUUUGUGGUAGAACUUUAAGGAAUCGUAGCAUUGCACAUCCUGAAGAAAUCUCUUCUCAUUCUCAAGUGCGAUCAAGAUCACCAAAGAAGAGACCAGAGCCUGUGCCAAUACAGAAAGGAAAUAAUAAUGGGAGAACCACUGAUUUAAAACAGCAGAAUACCCGAGAAUCAUGGGUAAGCCCUAGGAAAAGAGGACUUUCUUCUUCAGAAAAGGAUAACAUAGAAAGGCAGGCUAUAGAAAAUUGUGAGAGAAGGCAAACAGAACCUGUUUCACCAGUUUUAAAAAGAAUUAAGCGUUGUCUUAGAUCUGAAGCACCAAACAGUUCAGAAGAAGAUUCACCUAUAAAAUCAGACAAAGAGUCAGUAGAACAGAGGAGUACAGUAGUGGACAAUGAUGCAGAUUUUCAAGAGACUAAACGAGCUUGUCGAUGUCUUAUACUGGAUGAUUGUGAGAAAAGGGAAAUUAAAAAGGUGAAUGUCAGUGAGGAAGGGCCACUUAAUUCUGCAGUAGUUGAAGAAAUCACAGGCUAUUUGGCUGUCAAUGGUGUUGAUGACAGUGAUUCAGCUGUUAUAAACUGUGAUGACUGUCAGCCUGACGGGAACACUAAACAAAAUAGCAUUGGUUCCUAUGUGUUACAGGAAAAAUCAGUAGCUGAAAAUGGGGAUUCGGAUACCCAAACUUCAGUGUUCCUUGAUAGUAGGAAGGAGGACAGUUAUAUAGACCAUAACGUGCCUUGCACAAAUUCACAAGUGCAGGUCAAGUUGGACCACAAAAUAGUAACUGCCUGCCUGCCUGUGGAACAUGUUAAUCAGCUGACUACUGAGCCAGCUACAGGGCCCUUUUCUGAAACUCAGUCAUCUUUAAGGGAUUCUGAGGAGGAAGUAGAUGUGGUGGGAGAUAGUGGUGCCUCAAAAGAGCAGUGUAAAGGAAACAAUAGCGACCUGGACCCAAGUCUUGAGAGUAUGCCAGCCUCCAGAGAACCUGAACCAUCUUCUGUUCUAGACUGUGUUUCAGCUCAAAUGAUGUCUUUAUCAGAACCUCAAGAACAUCGUUAUACUCUGAGAACCUCACCACGAAGGGCAGCCCCUACCAGAGGUAGUCCCACUAAAAACAGUUCUCCUUACAGAGAAAACGGACAAUUUGAGGAGAAUAAUCUUAGUCCCAAUGAAACACAUGCAACUCUUAGUGAUAAUGUAAGUCAAUCUCCCACAAAUCCUGGUGAAAUUUCUCAAAAUGAAAAAGGGAUAUGUUGUGACUCUCAAAAUUAUGGAAGUGAAGGACUAAGUAAACCACCCUCUGAGGCAAGACUCAAUAUUGGACAUUUGCCAUCUGCCAAAGAGAGUGCCAGUCAGCACAUUACAGAAGAGGAAGAUGAUGAUCCUGAUGUUUAUUACUUUGAAUCAGAUCAUGUGGCACUGAAACACAACAAAGAUUAUCAGAGACUAUUACAGACGAUUGCUGUACUCGAGGCUCAGCGUUCUCAAGCAGUCCAAGACCUUGAAAGUUUAGGCAGACACCAGAGAGAAGCACUAAAAAAUCCCAUUGGAUUUGUGGAAAAACUCCAGAAGAAGGCUGACAUAGGACUUCCAUAUCCACAGAGAGUUGUUCAAUUGCCCGAGAUUGUAUGGGACCAAUAUACCCAUAGCCUUGGGAACUUUGAAAGAGAAUUUAAAAAUCGUAAAAGACAUACUAGAAGAGUUAAGCUAGUUUUUGAUAAAGUAGGUUUACCCGCUAGACCAAAAAGUCCUUUAGAUCCUAAGAAGGAUGGAGAGUCCCUUUCAUAUUCUAUGUUGCCUUUGAGUGAUGGUCCAGAAGGCUCAAGCAGUCGUCCUCAGAUGAUAAGAGGACGCCUGUGUGAUGAUACCAAACCUGAAACAUUUAACCAAUUGUGGACUGUUGAAGAACAGAAAAAGCUUGAACAGCUGCUCAUCAAAUACCCUCCUGAAGAAGUAGAAUCUCGACGCUGGCAGAAGAUAGCAGAUGAACUGGGCAACAGGACAGCAAAACAGGUUGCCAGCCGAGUACAGAAGUAUUUCAUAAAGCUAACUAAAGCUGGUAUUCCAGUACCAGGCAGAACACCAAACUUAUAUAUAUACUCCAAAAAGUCUUCAACAAGCAGACGACAGCACCCUCUUAAUAAGCAUCUCUUUAAGCCUUCCACGUUCAUGACUUCACAUGAACCACCAGUGUAUAUGGAUGAAGAUGAUGAUCGAUCUUGUUUUCAGAGCCACAUGAACACUGCUGUUGAAGAGGCAUCAGAUGAUGAAAGUAUUCCUAUCAUGUAUAGGAAUUUACCUGAAUAUAAAGAACUAUUACAGUUUAAGAAGUUAAAGAAGCAGAAACUUCAGCAAAUGCAAGCUGAAAGUGGAUUUGUGCAACAUGUGGGCUUUAAGUGUGAUAACUGUGGCAUAGAACCCAUCCAGGGUGUUCGGUGGCAUUGCCAGGAUUGUCCUCCAGAAAUGUCUUUGGAUUUCUGUGAUUCUUGUUCAGACUGCCUACAUGAAACAGAUAUUCACAAGGAAGAUCACCAAUUAGAACCUAUUUAUAGGUCAGAGACAUUCUUAGACAGAGACUACUGUGUGUCCCAGGGCACCAGUUAUAAUUACCUUGACCCAAACUACUUUCCAGCAAACAGAUGACAUGGAAGAGAACAUCAUUUAGUAGUCCUCUUCAACACAUAGCAAUGGUAUCAUUGUUAAUUAUGUGCACAGUUUGGAAAGAUUCUCUGCUUUCCCAGAAAUGACACUCACAGCAUGAGAGCUUCCUGAGUGUUCUCGUCAAGUACAGCUCUGCACUGUUGUGGCUCUAGAUCACUGUUCAGCAGCUGAACAUUCCUGGUGAGCAAAGGGUUUCCCUGGUGAAUUUUUCACCACCGCCUUUUAGGUGGUGACCUUACAUGGGUGAGAUGGAACAAGAGCACACAUUAAAGAGAGAGUAAAUUCCAAAGGUUUCAAAGAACUUGGUCAUAGAUAUGAUAAUGAGAAGACAAAGUAUUUAUAUUAAAACAGUUUAGUAGCUUUCAGUUUUGUGAAAAUAGUUUUCAGCACAGAAACUGACUUCUUUAGACAAAGUUUUAACCAAUGAUGGUGUUUGCUUCUAGGAUAUACACUUUAAAAGAACUCACUGUCCCAGUGGUGGUCAUUGAUGGCCUUUAGUAAAUUGGAGCUGCUUAAUCAUAUUGAUAUCUAAUUUCUUUUAACCACAAUGAAUUGUCUUAAUUACCAACAGUGAAGCACUACAGGAGGCAACUGUGGCAUUGCUUCCUUAACCAGCUCAUGGUGUGUGAAUGUUAUAAAAUUGUCACUCAGAUAUAUUUUUUAAAUGUAAUGUUAUAUAAGAUGAUCAUGUGAUGUGUACAAACUAUGGUGAAAAGUGCCAGUGGUAAUAACUGUGUAAAGUCUCUAAUUCACAACAUUAAUUCCUUUAAAAUACACAGCCUUCUGCCUCUGUAUUUGGAGUUGUCAGUACAACUCAUCAAAGAAAACUGCCUAAUAUAAAAAUCAUAUAUAUGGUAAAAAUUUCCCUCUUUUGUAGUCUGCACAAGAUCCAUAAAAGAUUGUAUUUUUAUUACUAUUUAAACAAGUGAUUAAAUUUAGUCUGCGCAGUGAGCAAGAGUUCACAUGCAUUCUUUUAUACUGCUGGAUUUUGUUGUGCAUCAUUUAAAACAUUUUGUAUGUUUCUUCUUAUCUGUGUAUACAGUAUGUUCUUGAAUGAUGUUCAUUUGUCAGGAGAACUGUGAGAAAUAAACUAUGUGGAUACUGUCUGUUUAUAUUAUAGAACGCUUGUUGUGACUUCCUUUUGGUUAGAUUUUGGAGUUUUUUUUAACCAGUGUUAAAACCAGAAAUUGGUAUUUUUUUUCAAUGGUUUGCCUCACGUAUUUAAGAGUUUUCUUUCUGUUGCUUAUGAAGAAUAAGGAAUAUAUUAUGGAUAAGAGGGUGAUCUUAAGCAACCCUGUAAAAUAUGGUAAUGUUUUUUACUCAGCGUGUGCUGAAACACUAAAUUAAAUGAGCUUACAAAAAGAAAACACAGACUAUGGUUAAAGAAAAAAGCAAUUAUUAAUGCUCAGGUGUGAAAAUUAAGUUGAAAUUUUUUUUUCUAGUCGUGUCUCAUGAAAAUAAUCACCCCCCUCCCCAAUGUAUUCAAACAGAUGGCUUUUGAAAAAUCACCUUGUUUCCUGGAAAUUACUAUUAACUAUAGGAAAAGAUAGUAUAAAUAUUCUAAGAUUGAUUAAGUGUUAUAUUUGACCCAAUUUUUAGAAUCACCUGUUUUUUCCUAUUUUAAAUCAAGAGAACAUUAUCUGUUAGUUCUCUUCAGUACAUAUCAGGGUACUAAAAUCAUACCCUGAAUUUUUUUAAAUUGAGAAAAGUAAUAGAAUUUUAAAUAUAGAAAUAUGAAAAUUUUAAAGUAAUAUAUUAAGGAUCACUGAUGAUAUAGAUAUAAUAUAUCACAACAGAAGGAAAAGUAAAUGGACUUGGGCUUAACUUCUCACCCUGGAAUUAUUAGUGGGGUGAAGAGGGGAAUUAUUAGCAUUCUGGGCAUUUUUAUAUUAAAUGUUUUGUGAAUGUGCCAGAAGAUCUGCCUUCAACUUGUUAAUUAGGUAAGAUAGUUAACACUUGAUGGUAACUUCUAUGUUUGUGUAGAAAUAAUACCAAUUAGUUUUGGAAAGCCAUUCAGAUCCAUUCAAAAAUUCCAUGAAGUAUGAUGUUUGCUUUGGAAGAGGGCUAUGAGUGAUACAAUUGUUGUAUAAAUGGAAUAGACAAGCCACUUGAAUGCAUUUUCAAGGGCAAACAUUUUUUGAGAUUUUUGAGUAAUAAAGAGGAUUUUCUGCUUAAGCAGAUGAUGUGUUUGCUUUGCAUUUUUCAGCUCCAGGAAAAUAGCCCCCAUGGCUUUAAAAGGCCCUGAAGUUCAGAUAAUAGCAGGUAGUGUUUUGUUGUUGUUUUGAGAAUUGCAAGAAUAAUGGGCAGAGCUGUCAUUUGCCAGUAGGCGCCCAUCUGCCUACACAGAAUUAUUGACUGUAAGCUAAAACGGACUGUAAAAGACCUGUUUGCUAAAGCAUUGCUUAUUCAGUGGUAUUCAGUAGAUAAGAUCUAUUUCCUGAUAUAUUGUGCUCAAGUUAUUUGCACAACUGAAGAAACAUUUAAUGAUGUCUAAAACCAUUGCUGUAAGGUUUAGGCAGAGGAAGCUUCCUUUUGUGUGAUGCAUAAUAAUAAUAGAAAACACUGCUACAGUGUUUACUAUGUGCCAAGCAAGCAAAUAACAACUAAUUUAAUUCUCAACAACCCUAUGAGGCAGGUUCAUUUAUUAUCCUGUUAUCAUAUGAGGAAAUCUAGCCAGAGAGAAGUUAACUAACCUGCCCAAGGUCAUAUACCUAGUAAAGCAGUGAUGCUUGGACUUUAACUUAGACAGAUUACUUCAGAGUCAGCGUCUGCCUUACUACCCUGUUUCCUGAGCAGGAAAUUUCCCCUUGUGUCAGGCAACACUAGGUGUUAGGAGUGGAGGUGUGCAGAUGUUGCCUUACAUUCUGUUUUCCUGACGGGGUGUGCUUCCUAAGAGUACAAACCUCACCAUAUGUCCAGGCUUGCGAAGUCUCAGGCAAAGCUGGGACAAAGGCUUGUGUUUCCUGCCUCAGGUAGGAUUUUAUUCUAUGCAUGUUGGGUGCUUUUCACUUAACUUAAUAGUAUGCCUUGUCUAUUUUCCCCCCUUCCCCUUUUUGUUUAAAUUAAAUCACAGAACACAACAAUUUACUGAGGUAUGAGGAACAUUUAAAAAAAAAAGAGAUCGAGAAAAUGGUACAUCACAUGUAAUAAAGAUAAAUAUUGUUUUGUGAAAUGUCUUUUUCAAUCAUAAAUAUAAGUAUUGUGUGCUAUAUAAAACUGUUUCUUACUGUGGAUAAUGAAGUUUGAAGCCUGUUAUUCAUCUAUAGAUACACUGGAUGGGAUUGGAAGUCUUCAGAUUUCAGUAGGUUUUUCUAUAAGCCUAUGAAGGCAUUGUUUAGGCUGUAAACUGUUUGUUUUUAUUUCUUGAUGAAAAAUGUGCUUCUGUUUAUAUGAUCCCAGAAAAAAUAUAUAACUUUUUUUUCUUACAGUUCAUGUAGCCAAGCUAACUAGAUUUUUCAGAGUUAUGAUACAUUUAGCUCCAUGAGAACAGAGACCAUCCAUGUCUGUCUGUAUCUCUAGGGCCUGGCAUUUAAUAGAUUCUCAAUAAAUAUGUGUUGGUUGUAUGACCAACAUUUUGGCGAGUUUACAUUUUUUCCUCCAGGAACUUAAGAGAUACUACCUAUGACUGAGUGUGUCUGUGAGAUCCUUAGAGGGCUUGCCUCAGAAGGUCAUCUUGACAGUGCUGUGAGAGGACAGGGGAAUUGGAUUCUAUCUUGCCUGAAGGCUGUGGCUCAACCCUGGUUGGCGGAGGUGGUUUUGGUUCUUUGUGGGCCCCUAGUUAGACUGUGUAUCUUGAUUCUCUACCAUGUUUUCAAGAGUGAUAUAACAGAGCUGGGCACGGUGACACACCUGUUAUCCCAGCACUUUGGGAGGCCAAGGCUGGUGGAUUGCUUGAGUCUAAGAGUUCGAGAGCAGCCUGGGCAACAUUGCAAAACCCUGUGUUUACUAAAAAUACCAAAAAAAAUUAGCUGGGCAUGGUGGCACGUGCCUGUAGUCUGAGCUACUUGGGAGGCUGACGGUGGAGGGGGAUUACCUGAACUUGGAAAGUUGAGGCUAUAGUAGAUUGCGCCACUGCAUAGUAGCCUAGGGGAGAACACUGUCUCAAAAAAAAUGAUCAUGUAAUGGAAAGGACACUGGAGUGGAAAGUCUGGGUUUUAGUCCCAGUUGUGGAAGUGAAACACUCAAGUGUUGACAAAGAGCUACCUUUCAUUGCACAUUAGGAGCUAGUAAACGAUCUGUGUGUCUUACUAACUUUCGUUUAAUCCUCACAGUUCUUCUCUGAGGUUCAUUACUAUUAUGUUCUCCAUUGUAUACAUGAGAAAACUGGACGUGCAGAGAGUAUGGUAAAUAUGUUAGCUCUCAAUAUUAAUUACUGUGUGUGGGACUGGAGCUACCAAGCCGUGUCCUUAUAGAGACUGUAAUCUAAUGCAGAAGACCAGUAAUAAGUAAGUAAAUAAAAACUAUUACUUAAUUUGAGGCAGGGAUAAAUGCUUUGAAGAUAUAUCAUGCUCAGAGAAAAAUAAUAAUGGGAGAAUGGGGAAUAGUCUGCCAUUUUAGAUGGAAUAAGCAAAGAAAUCCUCUGUUGGCCAGGAUAAGUUCCAAUAAAUAGAAACCAGAAUGGAGCGAGGGAAAUUGCUGCAUGAAUAAUGCACGGGCCCUGAGCCACUAAAGAGCUUGGCUUGUUGGGGCAACAUUAAGUUGGCCAGUGUAGCUUAAGCCAAAUGAGCAAGAGGAGAGUAGUAGCUGAUGGUGUCAGAGAGGGCACAUGGCAGCUCAGAUAUGGCCUUGAAGACAGAUCACUGUAAAGGAGUUUAUAAUGUUCUGAUGUGUUCUACACACACACAAGUCUUUUGCUAGACAGAGACCUCUCAGGUGUUUUCCAGUAUUAAAGUCUUAUGACUUUAAAGUAGCGAGAUCAUUUCAGGUCAUUCGAAUCAGUAACGUGUUCUAGAGAAGAGUUGAUUUGUACUUCUAGAUACUCUUCAGGGGCAAAGCCAUUUCAAGAUAGCUGUUAGCUACAGCCAUAAAAACCAUGGCUGGGCCUUUCUGCCCCUCUGCUGUCUCAUUUUCCUUACCUGUGCUGUCAGAGCUGUGCUGGGCAUGGACUGUUUGCCAGUAUGUGGUAUGUAUUUCAAGAAUGUCAAUCCCUACAGGAGUCAUUUUAUGUUUUCUGGCACAACUGAUGAUUUUCAUCCUGUAACCUUUUGUUUUUCCCAGUUUGCACAAGUACUUGUGCUCCCCGACAGAGAGUGUGACAACUUGGAGUAGUAAUAAAGUAUUUGACAACUGUUUGAGUUGUGGGAACAUGCCCUUUUUUGUUAAUAGAGGCAUAAUUGUAACCAAAGAAAUUUAAUUUCUUCUUUAGCAAACACUGACAUUUCUGUUUCAGAAUGAGUGCUAGAGAAAAAAGGAAAUAUGAAAAUUAAUUACCAUGUAUCAUGAAUACAUUGAGUUCUCUCUGUAAUAACUCAGAACUGAUUUAUAGCUAAAAUUAAAACCAUAUAAGAAGUAUAUCGUAAAUCUUGACUAUUUCUGUGUUUGCUUCUAAUUCUGUUUGGAACAAGUCUUCAAAUGCUUUCCAGAAUGAUGUGAAGUUACAAAUAAAUAGAAAAAGAGUUA